AUGGUGCCUAUCUGGGUUUUGGCUUUUGCAAGCACAGUAAUAGCUGAUGCAACAACAACAGCAAUCCCGGAUUAUUUCCAGACCAGUUAUGGGCCGUAUGCCGGGGGAUAUGAAACUGGACGUGUCCCAUUCCUGGCACAGACAAACCCAGCACUGGCGCAACCUACGUACGUCCCCAAUGGGCCUUUAGUGACCGACAUUCCGGUCCCUGGAAAGCCAGAUGGGGCUAGUAUAUUCUCUAAUAUGGGUAACUUGAGCCCUUACAAGCCAAGUACAAAUGGAUUCGGCGCCGAUGAGUAUCCUUUACCAUCUGGAUCCAAUAUUAGCCAAAUUCACAUGGUUCAUCGCCAUGGAUCUCGGUAUCCGACUUCCCAGCCAGGUGUCGUCGACAAAAUCAACAGCUUUAUUCAAAAUGGCACAGUCUUCACGGGCAAUCUAUCUUUUCUGAACAGUUGGACUUAUCAGCUUGGGGAGAAUGAAUUGACGGCUCGCGGACGUCAAGAACUAUUUGAUAGUGGUAUCCUUCAUUACUACAACUAUGGCCAACUGUAUGACCCAGGCUCGGGUCUGAUCGCUCGCACAACAACUAUGAUGCGGAUGAUCCAGUCUGCUGAAGCUUUUAUGUAUGGAUUCUUUGGUUCCAAAUGGACCCAGAACGUCACUCUCGAGGUGGUGAUUGAUUCGCAAGGAUUCAACAACAGUAUGGGUGGUGACCAGAUGUGUGCAAAUGCUGUGAGCGGGCAAGGCAAGACGUCUGACUCGGCGACUAGUGAGUGGACAUCCAACUAUCUGCAAAAUGCGACGGCACGCUUCCAAAGUCAGACCAAUGGUGGCAGUGCCAACUGGACGGUAGACGAUUUGAACGACAUACAGUCCCUGUGCGCAUAUGAGACUUCUGCUUUUGGCUACAGCCCGUUCUGCCUACUGUUCACGUGGGAUGAGUGGGUUGGAUUUGAGUAUAAUUUUGAUAUUCAAUUCUACGGAAACUAUGGGAUGGGUUCUCCUGUGGGUCGAGCAAUAGGGCUAGGAUUUGUCGAAGAAUUCGUGGCCAGGUUGAUUCAACACCUGCCAGAUCCGUCAGACGGCUCAAUCGCCUUCAACACGACUCUCGACGGCAGCAAUUCUACGUUCCCCCUAAAUCAGACAAUUUAUUUUGAUUUCAGCCAUGACACUGAGAUCUUUGCAAUGAUCACGGCUUUGGGACUCUCCCAAUUUGGAGAAUAUCUUUCCCCGACUCAAGUAGCAACAAAUCGGUCUGCCAUUGUGAGCGAAGUUGUUCCAUUUGCUGGUUACUUCCUUUUUGAAAUAAUCAAAGCUCCAUACCCUGUUUUGGAGAAAAGACCACAAGAUUCGAGUGAAUCUCCGUACGACACCUCUGGGAGCAACACGACAUAUGUUCACAUGUUAAUAAACCAGCGAACUGUUCCGCUUGGAGAGAGCAUCCCUGACUGUGGGAAACGCGACGAUGGCUGGUGUGAAUUGCAGACCUUCAUCAAGUUUCAGCAGGAAAAUAUCGACAAAGCCAACUAUAACGAAAGUUGUUUUGGUGAUUACUCUACACCAAGCUACGGUAAUAUUACUGAUGGCGCGAUCCCGAGUUCAUAG